AUGGACUUAGUGAACCAGAAAAACGAAGAAUGGCAAGGUCGUACCUUGUCUCAACCAGCUGGUGGCAACACACAUCUUUUGCCCCCUGCCAGGCCCCAGUUUGACCCCCAAUUAUGUACUGAUUCAUUAGAGGGGUUGGGCUAUAACUACGGCGCUACAGAUAGUCUUUGGGCUGUCCCUUGUCCUGAUUAUAUGGGUACUCAGCUCGAUCCACGAAUCACACUCAACAAUUUCCAAGAGCGUCCCGAUCGCACAACAUCACAGGACGCGCGGGUCGGGAUAUGGUUCACUGAAAUUCAACAUGAAACUAACGACCAACCGCUUGCGUCUGCAGCCACACCUAGACAACCCAAAGAGCCACAAUACUCAACUAGGAUUGAGGAAAACUUACCACAGACUCAGGCUCAAGCCGUUAUGGCUAGUACCGCCUAUACUACCUAUUCGGAAUUUCCCGGAGGCUUACCCGUUAACAAUGUUCCUCACGUCCUUGACUACUGCGGCGAACCAAUAAAUUGGGAUGAUAGUAUUAGGGGAACCAUGGUACACUUGCAAGAAAUGGAGGAAUAUUUUCGAAAUGAUACCAAGAGACGGAUAGCUCAAAUGAAAGGCAGCUUAUAA